UUUGCUAUUUUUCCUCCUCCUCUUCCUCCUCCUCUUCCUCCUCCUUAUCUUUAUUAAUCUCUACUUGCUUUGUCCCUUUUCCUCUGUUCCUCACUUCGUCCUCCUCGCAAAUGCUCUCCUUCUCGUCCUCUUCCUUCCUCUCAUCCUUCUUCUCCUUCUUCUCCUCUCCUUCUUCCUUCUUUUUUUCACUUCUUCUUCCUCAUCUUUGUUUUCAUCUUCAUCCUUUUCCAAAACUUCUUGCCUCUUCAUCCCCUUCUUUCUUUCCUUCCUCCUUUUUCCCACUCUCUACUCAUUUUCAUCCCUUUUCUCAUCUCCCUUUCCCAUUCUUUCCUUCCUCUACUCCCUUCACCUUCACCCCCACCCCACCCCCACCACCUCUUCGUCUGUCGGUGCCGGCGUACAGAAGCGUCGAGAGGAGCAGGAGCGUCGCGCCCGUCGUGGGGACACCGACCCUCGCUAUGAGUACAUUUUCCAGGUGCUGGCGGCCUGCGCGGGCAUCGCCAGGCACCAGGUUAUGGACCACGUGUUUGAGGAGAACCUGCUGGAGGAGAUUAGCAAGUUCCUGAUGCCCGGCCAGUACAACAACAUGAUCUGGUUCUAUCAAGAGUGCGAGAUCCCGCCGGAGGAGAAGGGCGGCCAGGACGAGGAAGAGGACGGCGACGCGAAGUCGCCCACGUCGCCCCUCCUGUCGCAGCCCUCUAGCGGUCACUCCCGGCGUAACUCGGAGGUCUCGGGGCCCACGGAGCAGCAGCCAUCCCGACGCAACUCCACGGCGACGCAGCACACUGAGGAUGGCGAGCCGGCAGCGGAGCCCGAGACGCCGGGCCGCCGCAUGCGUCUGUUCGUGGGCAACCCGCGCACCACCCCGCUGCGAGGCGUGUGUGUGUGCAUGACGCGAACCAACCCGCAGCGCUCUGUUACUGAGGAGAACGUGCACAGGGAGGUCAACUUCAUGCUGCUGCGGGCUGGUGAUGACCCGUCCGUGCUGCUCCGCUCCGUGAACCGCCUGCUGGGCCGCGUGUUCGUGCCGGCCGUGCGCACCAACCCCUCCGACCUGGACACGGCGCCGGGCAGUGGGAGUGCGCGGGAUCAUCUGUUGGCAGGCCUGCGCUCCUUCGCCUCGUCCCUGCAUGUAUCCGAGUCCAUCCUUGAGGAGCGGGUGGUGCUGGCGAAGGCGGAUGAGGGUGCGGAGGAGGUGCGUGGGCUGUCGGAGGCCCAGGCGGCGCUCACCCAGCCCGACCAAGUGCUGGCGGUGGAGAGGACUGUGGUGACGUGGCUCAAGCAGAUUGAGUCCGUCCUGAUCGAGAUGGAGCAGCUUCGCCAGGAGACGGACGACGCGGGGCCGCAGGACGAGCUCGAGUACUGGAAGCGACGCAUGGCCAAGUUCAAGUUCCUCUCAGAGCAGAUGGAGUCGCCGCAGGUGCGCGGGGCCAUCCUGGUGCUGCAGCUGGCGCGCUCGAAGGUGCUCAAGGUGUGGAAGGAGACGGACGCACGGGUGACGCACAACCUCGCCGAAGCCAAGGACAACGUGAAGUUCGUGUACGCCAUCGAGGAGUACUGCCACCCCCUCUACCUCAACGACCCGCCCGGCAUGACGCCCUACAUCAUGAUGCUGUUCAACACGGUGCGCAUGAUCCACUCCAUCUCCAAGUACUACAACACCUCCGACAAGCUCUCUGCCCUGCUCAUCAAGAUCACCAACCAGAUGAUCCGAGCCUGUCAGGUGUACAUCUCUCGGCAAGGCACAGCUUCCAUCUGGUCCCAGCCGCGGUCAGAUGUGCGGGUCAAGAUACAGCACUGCCUCAAGCUGCACGCCACCUACCGCUCCGCCUACCAGAAGACCAAGGAGAAGCUCGAGGCCAUGCCGGGGGAGCGUCCGUUCAGCUUCAGCGAGCAGUACGUGUUCGGGAAGUUCGAGGCGUUCUGCUGCCGGCUGAACAACAUCACGGGGCUCUUCGACGACAUUGACAAGUUCUCCGGCUUUUUCGAGGGACGCGCUGAGUCCUUGCUGCCCAUGGAAACCGGCCUCCGAGACAUCCUCAAGUCGUGGCAAGAGAUGUGCAACGAGAUCUCACAAAAAUCCUACGACUACCUCGACUACCGCGACCACCACUUUGACACCGACCUGGAGGUGUUCGCCGCCAGCGUGCGCGAGCUGCUGCGUCGCAUCCACAUCAUGGUGGAGAAGGAGCACGAGGAGAUCUGGGAGACACCAAUGGCCUACAAGAUGCUGGCCAGGUUUGAGAAGAUCGCCGUGGUGGUGCCGCAGCUGGACGUGGAGGGCAAGUACCGCCGGAUCCUGGCGCGCUUCCACCAGGAGCUGGAGAAGGUGUCCCGCAUCUACUGCCGCCAGUGUGAGAGUCCACCCCAGCUGCGCGGCCUCCCUCCUGUGGCUGGAAAGAUUCAAUGGGCCCGGAGUCUGUUUCUGCACCUGGAGGAGCCCAUGAUGUUCUUCAAGGACCAUCCGGUGCUGCUCAAGAUGCCGGAGGGGAAGGAGGCGGUGAAGAAGUACAACCGCAUUGGCAGGAUGCUGGUGCAGUAUGAGCUGGCCUAUUACGAUGCCUGGAGGAAGCAGAGUAUGAAUGACAUCCAGAAGUCGCUGCGCUGCACGCUGGUGGUGCGGCGGCCAGACACAGAAGAGCUCUACGUCAACUGGGACCCGAGGAUCUCCACGCUGCUGCACGAGGCCACCAAGAUCCAGCAGCUGGGCUUUGACGUGCCGUACAUGACACAGCUGCUCCUCAAUAGGGCGCCGCUGCUGCUCAAAAAGAGGGACAUGGUCAAGCACCUGUUGAAUGAGCACAUCCGAGUGUUGGGCAAGGUGAGCAAGAGCCUGACGCCACUGCUGGUGCCUCACGUCACCAAGCUGAAGGAGGCGCUGGACCCCCUGCAGACCAGCCUCACCUGGUCCUCCAUCCAGGCCCACAGCUACUUUGACCAGGUGUUCCAGGCGGUCAGGGCCUUUGAGGUGCUCAUCGACAGAGUGAACGACAUCUUCCACCACCGCAUGGAGGGAGUGCUCGCGGCCAUGUCCAGCGUGAAGCUCUACGUGCUGCCCGACACGGCACCCUGGAUGCUGGACCUCUUCGUGCACAACACCUGGCUCACCUGUUGCCAAGCCGCCCAGGUUGGUGUGGUGUGGGUGGGUGGGAGGGGGGGGGGGCAGGCAGACCACUACAGCGUCCUCACGGCUGAUGAUCUUGAUGAUGCCACAGACUUGGAUGACUCGCGCUCAGUGUCGUCAGGCGGAGGGUCGUCGCGCCGCAGCCCUGUACCUGCAGCGGAGGGGCCGUUUGCUGCCACACUGGAGCUGCCCUCAAAGACCCUCACACCGCAGGAAAAGGCCGCAAGGAAGAAAAGGGAGAUGCGGGAAAAAGUGGAGGUGGCGGCCAGGGACCUUCGCCGGGCAUACCACAGGAGGGUGCUGGACGUGUUGAUCAAGUCCGUCAAGGGUGCACUUGACUCCAUCCGCCGCCACACCUCCAUCAAUAACCCACGCGGCCAAGGUGACACUCCCGGGCGGGGACGAGGGCCAAUUCAGCCAGAGAAUCCAGGGGUGGCACUGGUGGAGCUGAGUGCCUCCCUGGUGUCCCCCGGCGUGCAGGUGACCCCGAGUCUCAGCGAGGUGCAGGAGGCCAUCAACAAGGUGGCCAAAAUCAUCCUGUCCACGGCUAUGGGGGUGUCACAGUGGGUGCGCUGCCGGAAGGAGGACGCUGGUGAACCCCUGAGGAAGAAUGAAGGGACGGCCGGCUCUCGGAAGGGUUGGAAGAUCAGGGAGGAGGUGCUGGAGGUGCCCGCCAUGCCCAAGAACUACUACACUCACGUCUACGAGAGCAAGGACGUCUCCAAGAUCAUGAGUCAGAUGGCCAACUCCUUCCAGUCCACCAAGAAUGAGCUUCACAACACCUUCAGCACCUGGGACAAGUAUCAUCACCUCUGGCGCGUGGACAAGGAGACUGCCAUAAGGGAGUUCAUCGCCAGCACUCCGACCCUGCAGGACUACGACAGGACCCUCAGGAGCUACGUACUGCUCGACAAACAGAUCAAGAGUGAGCCAAGUCGCUACAGGGUUGGAGCACUGGCUGUCAAUACUGACCAGCUGAAGAAGGCCCUGGUGGUGGAGGCAAGUCUCUGGGUGGACAAGUACGGCGAGGCGCUCAAGACCACUUACAUGAAGGAGAUGGAGCGGCUCUUCGCACAGCUGACCGAGCUCUCCCGCCGCCUGGAGCGUCCACUCAAAGACCUCGAUGAUAUCAAAGGAGCCAUUGACAUCCUGCGCAAGACCCGGGACCUUGAACUGGAUAUGGACGAUGCAAUUGACCCAAUAGAGGAGUCGUUUGGUCUGCUGGUGAAGUACGAGCUGGGUCUGAGCCAGGAGGAGGCGGAGCGCGUGGACAACCUGCGCUUCACGUGGCAGAAGGUGUUGGCGCAGGCGGUGGAGGUGCAGAACUUGCUGUCCCGCGUCCAGCCGUACUUUAGGAAUGAGUUGAUCCAUAACGUGGCCCAAUUCAAGAAGGACUGCAGCAAGUUUGUGCAUGACUACCGCGGGACGGGCCCAAUGGUGCCAGGCCUGGACCCAAGGGAUGCCUCGGACAGACUCAUCAUUGCACAGAAUCGCUUCGACACCCUGUGGAGGAAGCACUCAAGUUACUCCGUGGGUGAGGAGCUGUUCCGCCUCCCUCGUUCUGAGUUCCCAGAGCUGGCACAGAUCCGCAAAGAGCUCAACCUCUUACAGAAGCUCUACAAACUCUAUAAUGACGUCAUCGAUCGCGUUACGUCCUACUACGACAUCCCGUGGGGCGAGGUCAACAUUGAGGAGAUUAACAAUGAGCUCAUGGAAUUCCAAAACAGAUGCCGCAAGCUUCCGAAGGGGCUGAAGGAGUGGCCAGCCUUCAACACCCUCAAGAAGACGAUAGAUGACUUCAACGACAUGUGUCCUCUGCUUGAGCUCAUGUCCAACAAGGCCAUGAAGCCCCGUCAUUGGCAGCGCAUCGCGGAGGUCAUCAGCCGACCCCUCGAGGUGGACAGCGAGAACUUCUGCCUCAGGAACAUCAUGGACACGCCCCUCCUGCAGUUCAAGGAGGACAUUGAGGACAUCUGCAUCUCAGCCGUCAAGGAGAAGGAUAUUGAGGCCAAGCUGAGGAUCGUGACCAACGAGUGGGCCAACCACGACCUGACCUUCUCCACCUUCAAGAACCGUGGGGAGCUGCUCCUGCGAGGCGACACCACUGCUGAGGUCAUCACCCAGCUGGAGGACUCCCUCAUGGUGCUCGGAUCACUCCUCUCCAACAGGUACAACGCGCCCUUCCGAAAGCAGAUCCAGAAGUGGGUGAGCGACCUGUCCAACACCAACGAAAUCCUGGAACGCUGGCUGUUUGUCCAAAACUUGUGGGUGUACCUGGAGGCCGUGUUUGUGGGUGGGGACAUUGCCAAGCAGCUGCCCAAGGAGGCCAAGAGGUUCUACGUCAUUGACAAGAACUGGCAGAAGAUCAUGGCCCGGGCACAUGACAACCCCAACGUGGUGACCUGCUGCGUGGGCGACGACAUGCUGAAGCAGCUGCUCCCCUACCUGCAGGACCAGCUGGAGGUGUGCCAGAAGAGCCUCUCUGGGUAUUUGGAGAAGAAGAGGAUGAUGUUCCCACGGUUCUUCUUCGUGUCCGACCCGGCCCUGCUUGAGAUCCUCGGCCAAGCCUCGGACUCACACACCAUCCAGUCUCACCUCCUCUCCAUCUUCGACAACACCAAGACCGUCCGCUUCCAUGAGCAGGACUACGACCGCAUCACCGCUAUCUCGUCAUCAGAAGGAGAGGUUGUGCAGCUGGAGAAGCCGGUGCGUGCUGAGGGCAGCGUGGAGGUGUGGCUGAUGAAGCUGCUGUCCAUGUGUCAGCAGUCAGUGCACGGCAUCAUCCGCCAGGCCCACCAUGUCAUCCAGGACCCCGACCUCAACGUGCUGCGCUUCUUGGAGCAGUUUCCAGCACAGGUGGGCAUCUUAGGGCUGCAAAUGAUCUGGACAAGGGACUCCGAGAUGGCCCUCACCCAGGCCAGGGCUGACCGCCGGGUGAUGGCUGACAUGAACAAUCGCUUCCUGGACCUGCUCAACCUGCUCAUCAACCAGACCACACGAGACCUGGAGCCCGUGCAGCGGACCAAGUAUGAGACCCUGAUCACCAUCCACAUCCACCAGCGUGACAUCUUCGACAGCAUGUGUCGGAACAAUGUGCGUUCGGUGAUGGACUUUGACUGGCUGCGGCAGAUACGCAUUUACUUCCGGGAGGACCUGGACAAAACCAACAUUGUUCUCACGGACGUCACCUUCCAGUACCAGAAUGAGUUUGUGGGUUGCACUGAGCGCCUGGUCAUCACGCCUCUCACUGACAGGUGCUACAUCACACUGGCGCAGGCACUGAGCAUGAGCAUGGGUGGGUGUCCUACAGGGCCGGCAGGUACGGGCAAGACAGAGACCACCAAGGACAUGGGCAAGACGCUGGGCAAGUAUGUGGUGGUCUUCAACUGCUCAGACCAGAUGGACUACCGAGGCCUGGGCAGGAUUUUUAAGGGCCUUGCACAGUCUGGCUCAUGGGGAUGCUUUGAUGAGUUCAACCGCAUUGAGCUCCCGGUGUUGUCUGUGGCGGCCCAGCAGAUCGCUGUCGUCCACACCUGCAAGAAGGAGCGGCGCAAAGCCUUCCACUUCACCGAUGGAGACGUCAUCCCCAUGAGCACGGAGUUUGGGAUAUUUUUGACCAUGAACCUGGGCUACCACGGCCGCCAAGCGCUGCCGGAGAACCUCAAGAUUCAGUUCCGCAACGUGGCCAUGAUGGUGCCCGACCGACAGAUCAUCAUCAGGGUGAAGCUGGCCUCGUGCGGUUUCCUGGAGAACAUCACGCUGGCUCGCAAGUUCUUUACGCUGUACAAGCUGUGUGAAGAACAGCUCACCAAGCAGGUGCAUUACGACUUUGGGCUGCGGAACAUCCUGUCUGUGCUGAGGACUCUGGGCGCCUCCAAGCGAGCCAACCCCAAAGACUCUGAGUCCACCAUUGUCAUGAGAGUCCUGAGGGACAUGAACCUUUCCAAACUGGUCGAUGAGGACGAGCCUCUCUUCAUGUCCCUGAUAGAUGACCUCUUCCCAAACAUGGUGCAGGAGAAGGGUUACCACAACCAGCUCACCACUGCCAUCGGGGAGGUGGUCAACGAGCUGGGCCUCAUCAACCACCCACCAUGGACACUCAAGCUGAUCCAGCUGUACGAAACACAGCGGGUGAGGCACGGCAUGAUGACGCUGGGGCCAAGCGGUGCCGGCAAGACCUCCUGUAUCCACGUCCUCAUGAAGGCACUCUCCAGGAUUGGUCUUCCCCACAGGGAGCUGCGCAUGAACCCUAAGGCCAUCACCUCGGCCCAGAUGUUUGGCCGGCUGGACGUGGCCACCAACGACUGGACGGACGGCAUCUUCUCCACACUCUGGCGAAAAACUCUCAAGGCCAAGAAAGGGGAACACGUGUGGCUGGUGUUGGAUGGGCCCGUGGACGCUAUUUGGAUUGAAAACCUCAACUCUGUUCUGGAUGACAACCGUACCUUGACCCUUGCCAAUGGAGACCGCAUCCCCAUGUCCCCCACCUGUAAGGUCAUAUUUGAACCUUCAAACAUCGACAAUGCCUCCCCCGCCACUGUCUCCAGAAAUGGGAUGGUGUACAUGAGUUCGUCAGGGCUGGACUGGCAGCCUCUGCUCCAAGCGUGGCUGAGGACCCGGCCGCACCACGAGCAGGGUGUUCUCACGGAGCUGUUCUCCAGCACCUUCCCUGCACUGUUCACCUGGACCAAGCAGAACCUGCGCCUGUGUGUACCGGUGCUGCAGGUCAACCUCAUGGCUCAGGCACUUGGCCUCCUGGAGGGUCAGCUGCCUGAUGGAGAUGACGUGGAGGAUGACACCUACCUGCAGCGGAGGCGGCGGCGCUCCUCAGCCUGGGGACGCGCCCGCACCCCCGACGACACCACCAACACCCUCACGCCCACCGACACGCCGCGCUCCCUGGUGGACGAAGAUGAGGACGAUGACGAAGCAAACUCGGCCAGCAAGGUGCUGGAGGGGCUGCUGCCAGACGAGCCGGUGCCCCAACACCAUCAGCGCCGCAACCACGACCCGGACACCGAGGAAGUGCCGCAGACGCAGACGGCACCAAUCCAGGAGCACAUCCACCGCCUGUUUGUGUUCGCCAUGAUGUGGAGCAUUGGGGCGCUGCUGGAGCUGGCAGACCGCGCCCGCCUGGAAGACCACCUCAAGAACAAGUUCACUGCGCUGGACCUGCCCGAGUGUACCAAAGGACCAACCGACUCCAUCUUUGACUACCGAGUGGAUGAGAAUGGGUAUUGGCAACACUGGGAGACGCGCGUGAAUGAGUUCAUAUACCCGGAAAGUGGUUCCCCAGACUACACGUCCUUCCUGGUGCCUAAUGUGGACAACGUCAGGAUGGAUUUCCUCAUCCACAUCAUUGCCCAGCAGGGGAAGGGAGUGUUGCUGAUCGGUGAGCCGGGUUCCGCCAAGACAGUCACCAUCAACGCCUUCAUGAAGAAAUACAACCCCGAGGACCAUCUCUGUCGCAACUUUAAUUUCUCCUCAGCCUCCACGCCGCUGUAUUUCCAACGCACCAUCGAGAGCUACAUUGACAAACGGAUGGGCAGCACCUUCGGGCCGCCAGCCGGGAAGAAGAUGACGGUGUUCAUUGAUGACCUCAACAUGCCGCACAUCAACGACUGGGGGGACCAGCCCACCAAUGAGAUUGUCCGACAAACAAUGGAGAUGGGAGGGUUCUACAGCUUGGAGAAACCAGGAGACUUUACAAACAUUGUGGAUCUACAGUUUUUGGCAGCCAUGGGACAUCCAGGUGGAGGUCGCAAUGAUAUUCCAGCUCGCCUGAAGCGCCACUUCUGUAUCUUAAACUCCACCAUCCCCUCCGAGAGCUCCAUCAACAAGAUCUUUGGGGUGAUAGCGAGGGGCCACUUCAGCACCAAGCGUGGCUUCAACAAUGAAGUGCGGGGACUGGUGGACCUGCUGGUGCCUCUCACACGCCGCCUCUGGUCACACACCAAAAACAAGCUGCUGCCCACCCCUGCCAAGUUCCACUACGUGUUCAACCUACGUGACCUGUCUCGCAUCUGGCAGGGCAUGUUGGGGGCAGCGCCCAAUGUGGUGACCUCCAGUGACACCCUCAUGGCCCUGUGGCGGCAUGAGUGCUGCAGGGUGAUCUCUGACAGGUUCACGUCACUAAAGGACGUGAAGUGGUUUGAAGAGUCGCUGGUGAAUCUGGCACAGCAGGACCUCGGCCCACAAGUCACCAAGAAGAUUACUCACACCAACUACUUUGUGGACUUCCUCAGGGAUGCCCCGGAGCCCACUGGGGACGAGGGCGAGGAUCUGGACAUGGAGAUGCCCAAGGUGUACGAGCCCAUCCCAUCCUUCUCUGCCCUGGAGGACCGCCUGCAGAUGUUCUUGUCACAGUACAACGAGAUGGUGCGAGGGGCCGGCAUGGACCUGGUCUUCUUCACAGAUGCCAUGAUUCAUCUCACAAGGAUCUCCCGCAUCAUCCGCAACCCCGGCGGCAAUGCCCUGCUGGUGGGCGUGGGAGGCUCAGGGAAGCAGUCACUCACCAAGCUGGCGUCCUUCAUCGCCGGCUACAAGACGUUCCAGAUUGCACUUACUCGGUGGGUUCUCUUAAGCCUGGAGAGAGUUUGUGUGUAA